AUGAGGAAGAGAUUCAUCUCGAGCUACUACUAUAGAGACUUGUACCAAAAGUUGCAGACUUUAACACAAGGAGGUCAUAGUGUCGAGGAUUACUACAAGGAGAUGGAGGCCACCAUGCUGAGAGCUGAUGUCGAAGAGGACCGUGAAGCCACCAUAGCUUUGUUAGAUGAUAUGUUAGAUGAAUUGCAUGAUGCAAUUGUGUUCACUAAGAUAGACUUGAAAAAUGGAUAUCAUCAGAUUAGGAUAAAGGAAGAAGAUGAAUGGAAAACUACACUCAAGAUUAAGUAUGAGUUGUAUGCGUGGUUAGUUAUGCUUUUUGGGUUAACUAAUGCACCUAGUACUUUUAUGCGCUUAAUGAAUCAUGUAUUGGAGUGUGUUGUAUUGAAGCAAGCAGGGAAGCUGAUCGCCUACUUUAGUGAGAAGCUUGGUAGGGCAGCGCUCAACAACUCAACAUAUGACAAGGAGUUGUAUGCUCUGAUUCGAGCGUUAGAGAUGUGGCAGCAUUACUUGUGGCCCAAGGAGUUUGUGAUUUACACGGACCACGAGCCUUUGAAGUACCUAAAGGCACAACACAAAUUAAGCAAGAAGCAUGUUCGAUGGAUUGCCUUCAUUGAAUCAUUCCCUUAUAUUAUCAAAUAUAAGUCUAGCAAGACAAAUGUUGUUGCCAAUGCACUAUCAUGCAGGUACACCCUACUCACCGCUUUAGAUGCUAAUAUUAUAGGAUUUGAGUUUAUUAACGACUUGUAUCAGAAUGACAAUAACUUUGGGGUGAUUUAUGAGUCUUGUAAGGAACACUUCUACUGGCCAUGUAUGAAGUGGGAUGUGGAGCGCUUCAUUGACAAGUGUUAUCACGUGCAAACAAGCCAAGUUUAA